AUGGGAAUGUUUAUUUCAACAUUGCCAUAUCGUAUAAAACUUGAUUCUAAUUGGUCAUUUAAUGAACAUUCUCAUUAUCCAUUACAAAAUAUUCUAACUGAUAUUCGUGCUAAUCAAUCUAAUGUUUCUUUUCUUCAAACAGUAUUUGAUUUUAUUACACGAUCUCCUGAUAUUGAUCAAUUAUCUUUCGAUGAUGUCAAUUUAAAACCAAUUGAAUUAAAACAAUCUAUUGAAAUUGCUAAAUUUGAUUUUAUGUUAACAUUUAUUUAUAAUCCAAUGUUAAAUGAUGAGAUGUUAUCAUGUCGUUUUGUUUGUUCACAUGAUCUAUUCGAAGAUAUGACAGUUACAAAAAUUGCUCGACGAUUUGAAUAUCUUAUUGAACAAUUAUUUUCAGUGGAUUCUAAUACUAAUCAAACUGAUAUUCUUGUUUCAUCUAUUACUAAACUUAGUCUUAUUUUACCAGAAGAAGUUUAUGAAAUGGAACGAAUAGUCUUUUGUCGACAACCAGAUAUUAUAAAUGAAGCACCAGCAUCAUAUGCUCAAGCACGUAUUUGGCUUGAUGAACGAAUUCGUUUUGAUUCAAAAAGUCCUCAAGUUGCCAUAUAUAAUAUGCCUUUUCUUCAUCGACUUUCAUCAGG